GAAUGCCUGGUCUACUUAACAAAACGUUCACCAUACAGGUCUCUCCGAUACGAUCUUGACAAGUCUGCAGCUCCGUGCUGCUGAUCUCAGACGCCUCUCCACUGUUGGUUAGUUGACUUUAGCAAUCACAGUUCAUCACAAGGAUAUUUGGAUUGGGUUUCGCACCUCUUUUCCAUCCUUCUCAUACUGCAAUGCGCACCGUACAACUGUUCCACGCAAGCUGCUUCAUCUUUGUAGUCCUUGGAACUAUACAUGAGAUCCGCGAGCGUGUUCAAGAUGGUUUGGUUGAUGGGUGGAGGUGCGGCUUGCGUGUGAGCCAGGAGGCGAUAGGUGACUUGCACUGUGCGAACAAUGAGGCCAUGCAGGGGCGGUGCGAAGCUAGUUCUGUUGCGCAUUGCGAAAAGGAUUGUUGGCUAUGGGGUGUGAGAUACAGGAAGGGGACUGCGAAAAUGACGGGUGUGUGUAAGACAAUCUGGUUCAGUGGAGCAAACAACAACAGGCGCAAGCGGAGGCAACAUGUCAAGCACCGCGCUUGACUACGUUGACGGUACAGUUGAUCUGCUGGCUGCGAAA